CACCCGAUGACCUUGACCUUGGACUUCAAGGUCACCCGAUGACCUUGACCUUGGACUUCAAGGUCACUUAAUAGCCUUGACCUUCAGUUGUAAGAACGUUUCGUCAUAACACUUGAGUCGUCAUACAACUGUGACAACACCUGGCUAUACGUAGUUUACUUAUGAUGUAAUAUUUAUGACGUAAAUAUGAGAUCAUUGUAAUAGUUUGUGGUAUUACUGAUAUUGUAUGUUGGCACAAGACAUGCGCAGGAAGUAGUUUUCCUUCUGGAGUUUUUGAUUCAUUAAUAUUAAUAAAGCGGAUGACCAGAGUGAUUAAGCCACGCGCAGUGCAAUUUUGUUGCAACAGUAUAAUAAUAAGUAUUUAUUCACUAUGGUAAUGGAUUCAACGAAGUGCGUGUAAAGUAAACAAGUGUAGUUAUGCAACGUGUGAUACAGCCUUGAGGUUUCUUUAUAAGCUGAGGAGGAAGUUUUACCCAACAGUGUUCUGUUCAUGCUUUCCAAGACACUUCUAAUAUACAGGUAUGUAUUUCAUACAAUUACGUUCCAUUAUUUUCUACGUUUUUUGAAAAAUAUGUUGUUUUUCCAAAACUAACUAUUGGUAAAUUAUUUACAAAUUGUGUUAAACUAGUAUUAAUUUGGUUUUAUUAAAUAGAUGAAAACAGUGCAUUUUAAAUUUUGUAAUUUAAAAAAUAUUAAAUUUCUUUUGUAUUGAUUAUUAACGAUUUUAAUUUUGUGUUUUAGAAAUGGAUUCUGAAACAGUCGUUGACUUGACACAAUCCGAAGAGCAUUCUUCAAUACUACGUAAGCUUCUAAGUACUCCUCCACCUCCACCACUUAAACAGCAACAGCAACAGCAACAGCAACAGAAACAGCAACAGAAACAGCAACAGCAACAGCAACAGCAGCUGACACAACAACCGUCUACUUCUUCAUCUUUCGCUAGUAACACUCUAAAAUUUAUUCGACUGUCGGAAAAUGGAUUUCCACCCGAACGUUGUUCACCAUUAGCUGCGGGCUUUGAUUUAAGAAGUGGAGAAAAUGUAGUUAUAAAAAAAUGGGAUCGUAAAUUAGUAAAAACAAAUAUUGCGAUAGUAUUACCAGACGAGUGUUAUGGUCGAAUAGCGCCGAGAUCAGGUCUAUCUUUAAAAAACGGUAUACAUGUAGGUGCUGGAGUUAUUGAUCCAGAUUAUAGAGGAAACGUAGGAAUAGUGCUGUUCAAUUUAUCAAACGAUAAUUUCAGUGUAGAAAUUGGUGAUAGAAUAGCUCAAUUAAUUUGCGAGCGAAUAGUUUGGCCUGAUAUUGAGGAGGUUACUAAAAAAGUGUGUUAG